AUGGAGCCCGCCCCCGUGCGCCCCGCCUACACCCUCGCCCCCGUGCCGGGUGUUGUCUCCCCCCCUGCCGCCGCCGACGACAACGACGACCCGAACCGCACCCUCGUCCUUACCGCCAACGCCUUAACCCCGACUCGAGCGGGUGGCCGUUCCGGCGCUGUGCCGAGCAUGCAGCUCGGCGUGUUUGCCCAGGGCGUGGCUCGGGCCCUAACGGGUAUCCAGAGUAACGUGCGCGGCCUCGCCCGCCGUCAGCAGGCGCAGGAGGGCGUCAGUGCCGAGUUAGUAGCCACUUUGGCCGAGAUGCGCCGCGAUAUUUAUGAGUCGUGCGAGUCUUGCGCUAGCGGUUCCCCCUCGGUGCGCCGUCCCGCCCCCUCUACUCCCCGCGUCGCCCGCAAUUGCAGCAGGUCGCGCUCGUCCCGUAUAGCCGACGCGACUCCGUCGCGCCGCCCCAUCGCCUCCGCCCCUUAUAUCGCCCAAGUCGCCCGGCGCCUUCGUUUUGUGCCCCUGCCCCCGCCCCCCUCGGUUACGUUCUGCCCCCGCCCGAGUACCGCAACGGACAGUUUCGAGACCCUCCCCGAGGAGGAUACCGAGGAGGACGAGAGUAAGGAGGAUACAGAGACCGACAAGUCUAAGUAG